AUGUCAGGAGUAGAAGAUUCAGUUGAUGAAGAUGAGUAUCUUUUGGAGUCUAAGACUCCCAAUCCGACAACCUCAACAACCAACACCAUGUGUGGCAGCUACUAUGGAAACUGCUAUGGUGGCCGUGGCUAUGGCUGCUGUGGCUAUGGAGGCCUGGGCUAUGGCUAUGGCCUGGGUUAUGGCUAUGGAGGCCUAGGCUGUGGCUAUGGCUGUGGCUUUGGCAGACUGGGCUGUGGCUAUGGCUAUGGCUCCCGUUCUCUCUGUGGCUGUGGUUAUGGAUGUGGCUCUGGCUAUGGCUCUGGAUUUGGCUACUACUAUUGA